GCCGCCGCUGCGCUCGUGAACAAUCGCUUGCGCUCUCCACGACGACGAAGAGCUAGCCAAUCUCGUCGUGCGAUAAGAUGAGACGGGACGCGGCGGCGGCGGCGGCGAUGGAAGGGCUGCAGGAGCGCAUCUUGGACCUCAACGACAAGCUCAGACACGCCACCCUCCCCCUCUCCGCUGGUAGAGGCGCCCCGGCUGGCCGAGGGUGCGUCAUCCCGAAGGGCCGACGCGGACGAGGGGACCGUUGCUCGGCGGUGGUGGCGGGCGCGCGAAGCUUGCACGCCAUCCGCGCCGCGCUCGAGGACCUCGAGGGACACCUCCAUUGCCUCCGCGAUGUCAUAGUGCAACAGCAGGUGAAGCGAGGUGCUGCAAUUUCUAGGCUGCAACAAAGUCGUAAGCAAUCAGGGUCGAAUGAGGUGCAGCACCCCAAUGGACCCAUUUUAAAUAUUGUAGUUAGUGUCUUAUCGUGUAGCUUAGCUUUAUUCAAGAAUUCACCACAACAAACUUACCUCCACCCAUUCCUAUCAGAUCGAAGCUACAUCAAAAACUGGAUAUCAUGCUCAAUACAUCACCAGAUCCUAUGGAGAUAGAGGAAACAUAGUAUGUAACAUUUUCUCUUCUAAAAACACAAAGUAUGUUUUCUUACAAAAUUUACAACUCACCAAGUUUAUUUGUCUUAUACAUAGGAGUUUAUCAAAAAAAAUAUUAUUGGAAAGAAAAGAACAUGUGAAACAACAUUUGAUACACAAGUAAAUUCAAGGGAAAAUUCCUUAUUUGCCAUUAAAAAAACUUCCUCUUCCCUCUGUGCCACUCAAAAUUUUUGAACUUCCUUCAUUGCCAUCGAUUUUAUCUUUCCUUCUUUUUUUGCCAUUCCGUCCACAUUUCCGUUCAAUCCUCAUUCAAGUUCACUGUUCAUCGGUUUUGUUUCUCUUAUGUUUUUCAAAAAUCUUAGAACUUUUUUGUACGUAUUCCAUAAUCCAUGUACAACCUAUUUUAAUUGGAUUCACCCAAAAAGUAUGUAUAGCAUUUAAACUUUUUAAUUGGAUUCACCAAAAAACAUGUGUAGAAUUUAAACUAUUUUAGUUUAAAUUCUACACAUGCUGUUUAGGUGAAUCCAAUUAAAAUGGGUUGUACAUGGAUUAUGGAACACGUAAAAAAAGUUCUAGGAUUUUUGAAGAAACAGAAAACCACUAAUUAUUGAUGAAACAGAACCGGUGAACAGUGAAUUUGACAGAGGAUUGAAUGGAAAUGUAGACGGAAUGACAAGAAAGGAACGAAAGAUAAAAUCAAUGGCAAUGAAGGAAGUUUAACAUUUUGAGUGGUGCAAAAGGGAAGAGGAAUUUUUUUUAUGGCAAAUAAGGAAUUUUCCCUAAAUUCAAUAUGAUUUAAUUCUAUAUCACCAGUUUGAGAAGUGCAAAUCCUUGGCUAGAUUGACUUACAGAAUACAUGUUUUUUUAGGAAACUGUUGCUAACUGACUACGGGACUUAAAAUUUUGUGAAUACUUAGCAUCUCUAAAAUUGGUGACAACUAGCUUGAUCCCUAGAAAAUUGCUGCUUCACAUCAAGAUACCACAAUAUGAAAUGAUUGGCUCAGUAUUAUCUAAAGCAUGUAGAGAGAGGGUGGAAAAAACUUUGGUGAACGAAAGUUAAUUUCAUUGGAAUUUAGUGGUACCGAUCCUCAUGCCUAGACAAUCACCGUCUGCUUAGUCAUCCACUGAAAUUGGUCAUGAACGAUUAUUUGACUGGGUGAAAGAGCAAAUUUUGACAGUACACAUAAGAGUGGCAUAUCACACAAAAUGUGCCACAACGAAGACUCAUGAUAUAGUACAAGGUCAGAACAAGUCUAACUCCUCCAUGGUAACGUAGACCAAUGCAGAAACAGGAAUAAGCAUUAUGGCCAUUAUAUUUACUGCAUUAUUUGAGUCUGUAGAGCUUGAGGUCGUGUUUCCUGCAUCAAAUGAAAGUCUGGUCACGUUACUGCAUAUGUUUCAAUUGAUAAUCAGAACCUAUAUGUCUAUCAGCACUGCAUAUUCCACUUUGUGCUACACUGAAAUGUUGUAAGCAUUCAAACUACUGUAUAUAACCUUUGAAGUGUUGCAAAAGUUACAUUCGGUAAACUACUGUAUUUUUUUUCGCAGCACGACAUCAUAUUUUUCCUAUAAUAUUUUAUUUACUUUUACUUCAAUUCUA